CAGUGUCGAACACUCGCUUUAUUAUGGAGGAACUUCAAAGGAAACUUAGUCAGAGAUAUGAAGACAAGCCAAAGAAAGUAAGAUUCAAAAUAUCUUCUUCUUACAGUGGCAGAGUUUUGAAACAAGUCUAUGAAGAUGGGCAGGAGUUGGAGAGUCCAGAGGUGGCAUAUCCACACAGUUUUAUACAUGGGAGAUUUCCCAAGCAUAUGGAGGGUGAACUGAUGUGUAAUUUUGCAGAGCUACAGGAUCAAGGAUUUUAUUCACCAACCACCUUAACAGCCCAGAGAAUCAAUGUUUUCAGAGAUGGGAAUAAGUACCAUCUUGCUGGAGGAUCAUCUCUAUUCAAUGACUUCACCCCAGCGGAUUCUAAACCUUCCCCUGUUUUGGACUUUGGCAAGAUAAUCAUCUAUACCAGCAAUCUGAGAAUAAUCAGAACUUCUCAGGGGAAGAAGGAAUUAGCAAACAGGUUUAUUCACAACCGGGAUGGAAGUGAUGGUUACUCCAUAACACCUGCAGGGGAGAACGGAGCGCAGAACCCCACCCAGCAGGAGCCUGCAGAGGAUCAGAACGCGAAACCUGCAAACGCUCUGGAGGGGGUCUCAGAGUCUGGCUGUCUGCAGUGUGGAGGAUCUGGCUGUGCCCCCUGCUCGCUGUGCCAUGGAAGCAAACUGUCGAUGCUAGCCAACCGCUUCAAGGAGUCAAUUAGGGCUUUACGCUGUCCUGCCUGCAAUGCAAAUGGCUUGCAGCCCUGCCAGGCCUGUACACACAGCAACAGCAACAGCAUCUGACUCAGACCAUACAUUCCACUGGGAAAUGCUUUGCUAAUAUCUGAAAACCAAACAAAAUCCUCUGGUUAGGAGUGUCCCGUGGAGAAAAGGUAUCAAAUGAAUAAAGAUCAUGGCAAAUAAAAGACGAAGCUAGCUGUCUGCUUGCUGUCAGUUUAAUAGAAUGUCUGUCUUGAGUAAUGAGGCAUGUCUUGCCAUGCAUGACACACAACCCACUGAAGGCUAAAGACUUAAGAACCAAUAAAAAUAACAUGUUUUUCAGUGCUUCAAAUACGGGGUCUUACACAGUAGCAACGUCUGUUGUCAUUUCCAAUUGCAAGGAGACUCAGAGCCCAGCUGGUUUUCAACUGGUCAUGCUGGUUCAAGAAAAAAAAAACAACCUUCACUACAACAUCCAGUGACUAUUGUGUACACUUUUAAUUGAAACAAAUUGCACCAAAUCUUUGGCAGUUAUUUUAUUAUUAUUUACUAGCUGGGUAUUCAGCAACCACUAAAUGAAUGCCAAUUUCCAACAAGGUAAAUUUGCACAGUAAAUUCACAGUUUCCCCAUGGUUAUUAUACUCAGGCUUGGGCAAAAUACUUAAGGUAAAUGUAUUUUCAAUACAAAAUACAAAAUAAAUAGAAAACUGUAUCCAAAUACAAACUAUUUUGGAAACACAGUAUUUUGUUUCAAUACAAAAUACAAUUGUAUACAAUUUGAAAUGACAAAAUACAUACAACAAAACAAACCAAGAUUUUCAUAGAUCAUUGAGAACAAUCUAUUUUGACAAUAAAAGAACAGAAGCAGUUAACAGGUUUCAAGCUACAUUAAGCAAACAUGCAGUGGGUCCUUAUUUCCACCAGGGGGCCCAAUACCUAACAGAGCGUAGGUCAGCUCGGACCCGGUUACUAACACUGGACAAUACAUUUUAAUAGAUAUCAGAUAAUAGUCUGCUUUUAUCAGAUACAAACCAUACCGGAACAGACCAAGUACACAUUUGUGUAUACAAAACACUGUUUACAAAACUCUAUGCUGCUGCGUUCUCACAGUGAAAAUGUUGCUUGCAUUUGACAUCCUGCAGUGAAAUUCGUUCAGAUGGCACAGCAGCAAUGUCAAACAAUGUAUUUUUGAGUAUUGUGAAACUACAAAAUACUCAGGCAAGUGUAUUUUCAAUACAAAAUACUUAGACCUUAGCAUUUGCAUUACAAAUGACAAAAAUACAAAUGUAAUGAAAAUACAUACGUCAAUGACAUGUAGUUUCAAUACUGCCCAUCCCUGGUUAUACUAUGCGUUUGUCAUGGAUUGCCAUGUUUUUCAAUAUUUUGUUUUAAUACUGUAUGCUCACCAUACAUCUCUGGGACUUAUAAUGCCCAACAUUCUUUAUUAAAAUUAGAUUUUUACUAUGAUGAGCUUUUAUAAAUAAAAGCUUCCAGCGUGCUGGCAUUUUCAUCAAAGAAAGACCAUUUCCAAUGGUAUGCAAU